CGCUGUUUUCUACUUUGUUGGCGGUUCGUGAUUCUCUAUCGCCCGGCGAGACUGUUAUGGUCCAGGUCUUUUUUGUGAAAGACAGCGAUGAAAACGGGGCGACGUACGGACCCAGACGGGCCCCGCAGAGUCUCCAGAGAGCGAGACGCUGCACUGGGGAGGGUCCGUAAGAGGCCCUCCAUGUUAUUGGAGUUUCAGGGGAAACACUACAACCACAGAGAACCCAGCAGAGAUAGGUUUCAUCACAGAUACGACCAACACAACAUGGGCUCUGGGAUCAGGGGGGCCAAGAGAGAAAGGUUUGGACCUGCCUUCUUCAAGAGCGAGAUGUCCGAUUCGCGACCUUUCACCUCCACUCCCCCCUACCCUCGUACCCAUCACUCCUCUCUCUCCUUGUCUGAGGAGACCCUAGCAAUCGAAGUCAACAACACCAAUGCCGGGGAGGGGGACGCCCCCACCAAACGACCUCGUCUCCUGAGAGACAUGCAGCUGGACGGCCCGAGUGGUGCAGAUUCUGUACCAUUGGUGGGGUCUGUAGUGAGAGGUCAUCCCAGUCCGCCACACCACUCCAUCUCCAGUCCACCUCGUGGGCUGGGGCUGCGUGCCUACCUGGAAGACAUUGACAGUGACGAGGAAGAAGAUGAAGAUGUCUUGACGGUGGAUGAGGAGGAGAAGCCACCGCAGCCGCCUCACCCGUCCUACAAACCCUCCUCUCCUCCCACUUCCUCGGGGUCCCUCCCACUGACCAAGGAACAGCUCCUGUUGAGGAUGGAGGCGGUUGACAGGGAGAUUGCAGCCACAGAGGCCCAGAUUGCCGCCCUGCAGAAGAGGCAGGCGGAAUUGGAGGACACCAUUUCCUCUCCUCCUUCCCCGCUCCAUUCUUCCCCUCUCCCCUCGCCUGCCGAGAGGGAGGGACCAGAGGAAGAGGGCGUGUCUUCCCCCACUGCUACCCCGGCGGAGAGAUGGGGUACUCCAAAACGCUCUAUUCUGGAGUCGGUGUACUCCGAGAACAAGGUGAAGGCUCGGACGGCUCAUGCUGUGUUGUACCACAUAUCGCCUUCCCUGCCUUCCUCUAUCACCAAUACUGCUUCACCACUCUACGCUCAGCCGUGGGAAGCCCCUGGUUAUUUCAACAUAGUUGCCAGACAUCGCCACUUUCGCUCUAAACUGGUUCAACUGAUCGGAAGACAAAAGAGAGAGCGACACGAGAAGGACUUGCUGCUGUGUCAGACGUACGAUGACCACCAGGAGGAGUGGAGGAAGAGACUGGACAAGAUUGAGAACAGCUCCAAGAGAAAAGCAAGAGACUCGAAGAACAGAGAGCUGUUUGAGAGAACGUUCCCGGAGCUGAAGGUCCGCAGAGAGCAGCAAGAGAGACUGAUGAGAGUUGACCAGCGUGGGUUCGGAGUUGUUCGCUCUGACCUGGAGUUGAGUCAGGUCAUGUGCGAGUUGUUUGAACAGGAAGAGGCCCCGGCUCGUAGUCGCCGGACCCACGCCCUCAUCCCUGCGAUGGUGCUCGGAGGACCAGAGGAGAGACUGGCCUUCUAUAGUACCAAUGGUCUCAUACAAGACCCCAUGGCAGUCUACCGCGCAUCCAAAAUCACCAACGUCUGGGCCGACGGGGAGAAAACCAUUUUCCGUGAAAAGUAUGCGUUGUACCCAAAGAAUUUCGAGGCGAUUUCGUCCUUCCUGCCCAGCAAGACCACUGCAGACUGUGUGAGGUACUACUAUCUCUCCAAGAAGAACGAGGUGUUCAAACAGGUCAUCCGGAAGGCGUCCUUCAAACGGAGAAAGUUCAUCAAACCUGGCGUAAGCAUUCAUACCAGUUGAUACUACUAGAAAAGUAUGCAAGUGUGUAAUUCUGUACACUAUUUUUUUGCUCUCUGCAGGAUCUGACUGUGAUGGUCCCUCACACUCCAUCCAGACUCUCAGUUGACACCAAAAUGAGGUCGCCCCUACUCUCAGAGGUCAUGAUGACUCCCCGGACUCCGUCCACUACAGCCACGCCCACUGCAACCACACCCACCACACCCAGACCUGAAGAAGUCGCCAAGGAAGAGCCGCUCACCCCAAAACCUUCACGCUACGGUGACUGGACAGAGGAAGACAUUGGCAACCUGCGAGGAGGGCUGAGGAAGUGGGGACGAGCCUGGGGCAUGAUCUACCACGAAGUGGGCGGGAGGAAGACUGCCACGCAGUGCAAGAAGUUCUUUGACAAUUUCUGUCAGGACCAGAGCCUGGGGUUGAGUCAGGCUCUGAGCGAACGCAGCUCCAUUCAGAAUGCGGAGAAGGCCCAGAGGAAGGCGGCAAGUCGUAAGCCAGCCCCUCCCCCCACACCUCUGUCCCGGAAGAGAGGUGGGAAGACAAAGACAGUGUCGGCUGGUCUUCAGCUGCAGCCGGAGAGCGAAGGGGAGAGGCUGGGGGAGGGGAGGGACGGGAGAGAGUGAGGCCAUGGAGAGUGCGUCAGCUGCUGAGACCGGAUCAGCAGAGGAGUCUGGCAGCGAGAGCACUCUCACUGAUUCCAGUCCAGAGGACGGCGGAACUGUCUCCGCCCACUCCUCACUGCCCCGCCCGUGGAAGAGACGUGCCUCCUCGUCAGCAAGCCCCUCCCACUCCAACCAGACUGGCUCCGACAAAGGAGCAUUCGAUAUCUUCAUCUCUGCAGCUGAGGCUCUCAACAACAUUGUGCCUCCAGAGAUCGCUCUACACGAUCACAACUAUGCCCUGGCUCCUCUGAACAGCGUGGACUUGCAGGGAACUUCAGGUCUCUCUCUCAUUGCAGCUGCCGCAGCUGUCGUAUCCCCAACACUCUCACGCAGUGCCGGGUCCGGGAAAUUCCCCGCCGUUUCCCCCGUACGAGCCCCCCGGGGUCGCCCCCCUAAUACCCAGCGACGAGGAAGUGGGGGGUCCAGCUGUAAGCUGUCCCCCGCCUUCCUCAGCCCAGCCGGCUCCAGCAUCUAUGUUCCCCUCACGGACACUACGAAGUCAUCGUUCCGCAGCCGAGCCCGCUCUGCUCCGUCUGAUCGUCCGAGGCUCCAGCUAAGAGCGGGACCUUCGAACCUGCGCUACUCUAUAUCCAGCAAGUCAGGCAAUCCGAGACCCAUCCUCCCCCCUGCCUCUUACACUCGUGGCAAGGACUCACCUGGAGCUGGGCAAGGGGGGUCUCCUUCGUUAAAGUCGAUGAUUGCAUCUCGUCCGCAGCAUGGAAACCCCAGCAAUGCCGCGUUCGAGACGCUGGUUAAUGUUGCCGUGGCAGCCUCGCCUGCUGAGCUCCCAAAGACCACACCCACUCAGCAACCGACAGCUACGCUCUCCAUCUCGUUCCAGAAUGCCUCGUUGAGCUCUGCACCGUCGACCCCGGCAUCCGAGGGGACUUACAGCAUCGAUAUGAAUCAGGCAAUGAUCAACAUUCUCUCCCUGGCUCAGCUCACCCAGGGCCCCGCCUCCUCUUCAUCGGCGACAACGGGGAAAACGACACAGCAGCUGUUGCUAACCCCUGGAAUUGGGUCGCAGGCCUCUGGUUUCCUUGGAACAAUCGUCAGCCAGAGCAAUCACAACAGUGCCACGGGAGCGGGGAAAUCCCCUAGUCCCAGCACAGUCAAUGUUCUGAUUGGUCACCUCACCUCCGGUGCGGCUUCCCCAAGCCCCAGCACGGGGUCAGAGUCCUCGACCAGCUCUCGGGGUUCCCCCGCUGUACCCCCAGACCCCAAACCUCUCCAGAGACCUCUGUCUGGGAAGACUUCGUCCUCCUCCAAACCCCCAACUACCGUCGGGCAAUCCUCCAACGAAGACCUCUCGAACCUCAACCUCCUAUCAUCACUUGUGGCCGUUGUCGCCGGUUCCCAGACCACACCCCCUCACUCGUCUCACCCCCAGCACACGUCCACCACGAGCACAAGAUCCAAUGCCCCUAAUUACUCAUUCGCCAAGACCCCCGCCCCAAAUUUCUCUCCCCUCACCGUCUCAUCAGUCUCCACCCCAAAGUCCUCUCCAUUCAAAGCCACAAACCUUCCCGUAGCCAGUAGCUCCUCAGCCAAACAGAAAGAAAACUGCACACGGACAAAAAUCCAAGAAAAGUCCUCACCGAACCUUUCUUCCCUCAUGAACAGUGAUCACAACCCGCGCUCUUCCUCUCUUCGUGGCACAGCUGCCAACAGCUCGCCCCUUGACAACCUUGCUCGUUCCGUCGUCCGCUCUUCCUCGCUCACCCACCCCCAGUCGUCACUAACAACAACAAACUCCUCACACUCACACCCUACCCUCCCCACCGUCCCCUCCCCCAGCCCCUCAAUCAGUCAGCAAUCUACUCUCCUCCUCUACACACGGUCUCUCAGUCUACCCAACUCCUCUGCAGUUGACCCCAGCUCUGAGGAAGAAGAUCAUCUGGAGAGUGCCACGCGAGGCAUCAGCGAACUCUCGAAACUUCUGGGGACUGACACUGAGCCCCUCGGCUCCAGUGACAGCACCACGACCUCGUACCGAAACUCCUGGGCCGACCAGCCCCUCCCCACUGCGUCCCUACAUACUUCGCGAACGCCGCGGGGCUCCAGCAAGGCAGAGUUGGGAAACGAUUCGAGCAAGUACCUAUCGGGUCUACUGGAAUCUCACUCAAGCCACACCCACCACCCACAGAAAACCGGGAGCACUAAUACGGACGUCAAUAGCUCACACAACUUGUCAAGAUAGCACAGAUGAUGAUAUCAAUCGUUUUCUCUCUCCUUUCUCCUUUCCCGCCACCGUCACCCCUUCACUGUUGACGCCAUACGUCCCACAUACAGUCCCAUCAUUCAGUCCCUCCCUCCAAUGUACAUUAUGUUUGUACUAUUGUCUUAUCACGCAAUAAUAAUGACCGAGACGAUCUACUCAACAUUGCAAACGGCGGUUCUUAUGAUUUCUUUGCCGUCCAUUGGGCUGGAGUAAGAGUCUUCUGGCUGAAGGCGUGCAGCUGCGCUAUCUCGUCUGCUAGCGCCUCGUUCACCAGCCUGUGUCUCUGCAGCAGUCCCUUGCCCUCGAAGAGAGGAGAAACAAUCACCACCUCCAGCUUCUGUCCGCAGUUGCGCCCGCACGUCGUGUCCACCACCUCCACGUGUACUGCCUCCAGUUUCUCUGUUAUCUUUCGCUUCACAAACUCCGUAGACAGCGCCAUGUUGACUCAGCGAGUUUACUUUGCGCAUGCCCACAAUUAUCGGCGACUCAUGAGUUUCGACCCUCCGCUCCAUUGACGACAGUCACGGCGCAAGGGACUAGGGACAUUACUAGUUCCUGUUUCGUUCAUUGUGGGAUCACCAACUCAAUAAUCACCACCUGCAAGGUAUACCCACUGGCAAGAGAUGUUGGGCUCUGGGGAAGAAGAUAGACCCAGUGACAUUUGGGAGUUUCCUCUACUCCCCUCUGGGGCUGGCCACAGUUGCAGUACUGGUGGCUGUGGUUGUCUCUGCUGUUUGGCUGGUCGGGGGUCUGACGUAUUGCCUCUGGAGACACUGUCAGAGAAGACACACAGCUGGAGCAGUGCCCAGUACCGAUGUCUGCUUCCUCUCGUCCCCAGCUGAUGAUAGAGCUCUCACUAGAGAUACUGCACACUUUUCCUACUCCAUAAACUCUCUGGCAGUGGAGUCAGCUUUCCACCACACCUCUCUAGAGUCAAUACUCAGUAGAGAUAUGGACAAGAUGGAGGAACAUCAUGAUCAACCCUGAA